GCGGGGUCCAACUGAUGCUGCCGCACUUGCGUCGUUCUGUUUGGAUUUUACGGGGCCAGCGCCUAGCAGUCGGAGUACUCCACUGCUGUGCUAAGUGCACGCGCCAUGCUGCACGGAGCCCUAGCCAACUCAUGGGCCAACUGCCGACUGCACGAGUCUCCCCGUCUCGUCUGUUCUCGCACACGGGUGUGGACUUCGCUGGACCGAUUCCCGUCCUGUUUUCAAGAGGACGAGGCGCCAAAACAACGAAAGGCUACAUCGCCGUCUUUAUUUGCACUGUCACGCGGGCAGUUCACCUCGAGGUAGCCUCUGACCUUUCAACCCAUGCUUUUCUUGCAGCCUACUUUCGUUUCACUGCACGCCGUGGAGUUUGCGCUGUGCUGUACUCGGACAACGCCACGAACUUCAAUGGCGCAGCUUCCGAGCUUCAGCGCAUGCUGGCCAGCUUUUUAUUUGCUUCAAACAUCUCCAAGAAGCUGGCAGCUCAAGGGACGGACUGGUCCUUGAUCCCCCCACGAGCUCCUCAUUUUGGUGGGCUUUGGGAAGCCGCCGUCCGAAGUGCUAAGCAUCACCUCAAGCGCGUGAUUUGCGAGACCAGGCUCACCUUCGAGGAACUGUCGACGUUGUGCGCCAAAAUUAAGGCCUGCCUUAACUCAAGGCCCCUGUGCGCCUUGAGCAAUGAAGUUACGGGCGAGCUCGCCCUCACUCCGGCACAUUUCCUGGUCGGCUCUGCGCUGCUCUCUCACCCUGAGCCAUAUGACGAAGCGCAGAGGCCAAUGUCACCUUCCAACCGCUGGAAGCUACUUGUCAACCUUCGUAACUCAUUUUGGUCAAGCUGGAGAAAGGAGGUCCUGCUUCAGCAUCUCAAGCGAUGCAAGUGGCAGACUCCUCGAACGAAUUUACAAGAAGGAGACGUCGUGUGGUAAUUGCCACGCAGGCCGGGGCGGAUAACCUUGUGCGCGUAGCCACGGUGAAGACGGCUGCCUCGACGCUUCCGCGACCAAUUGUGAAGCUUGUUAAACUGUUAACUCAACCCGAACUCGAGAAGUGCUAUUCCGAGCAAUCAAAAUAAACUCAGUGCUAAUCUAUAGUUUAUUCACUUACUAACCCAUUAAUUAAUUUGAGUUUAUGUUUGUUUGUUUUUUUUUCAAUUGCAAAAUUUGUAAUUCCUUCAUGUUCAUGUCAGCUCGUGGCCAGGGUAAGCUACUAACACUAUUGUAUAGCUGCGCUGGCUAUCACCGUAGCAGUAGGUUUAGCUCUAUCCGCUUACAGGCUUUUGUUCUAUCUCGCUUUUUUUCAAUUCAUUUUGACGCUGUUGCCUCAAGGUGGGCGGUAUGUUCGCGUAUGUGUGUAUACGCUUAUUGAGAGCGUGAAAGAGAGAGACGAAGGCCUCGUGGCAUCGCAACGCGGGGGGUCUCUCCCAAAAGGGCCCCCCUACCUUAAUUGUCGCCACGUUGUCCAGUCUCUCUAGACAAACCGCGAGCGAGUCAGUUGCAAAAAGAGCGUUAGAACGAGCGUGACUUAAGUACUCGUCUGCUUCGAUCGGCAUGUUUUUGGUCUUUAUCGCACUGACCAAGCAACGCACGCUGGCCAAGGAGAGCCUUUCUCUAUCUCGGUCGUCUAAGCACAGUCCAUAUUUACAAUUAAUUUAAUUAUUAGCGUCAUUUUUCCGGUCUUCUUUUCUGAUUCGCCUUCAUCUUCAUAUUUGCUGUAAAGAAAAAAUACAAGUUGUUUCCUAUCAUCGAA